UAAUGAUAGCAAUUUAACAAGAUUAUUUAUAUAUAUAUAUAUAUAUUAGUUUAACAUUUAAAACGUUUUAAGGUGUUGUGUUAGCCUACACUGGAUGCUAAUUUUAAAUAAUACAUAUUUGUUUAAGUUGCAGUUUCUGCAUAGACUAAAUUAACAGUGCGCACAGGUACCCAAGGGCAGGCUACCGAAAAAUUGUCUCAAUAUGGGUGACAACCCUGACUUUGAUGACAAAGAAAUUAAAGAAGAUAUACAUUGUCUGGAUCUGGGGAAAACGAACCCUUCCAAAUCCGUGGACUUGGAGGAACAAAUCGAAUGCAUGAACAUCCCGAAUGUGAACAAGGACAAUACAACUACCACGCAUUUAUACAAAAGGAGAUGGGUGAUGGUGUUCCUUUUCAGCUCUUACUCCCUUUGCAACGCAUUUCAGUGGAUCCAAUACGGAAUAAUCAACAAUAUUUUUAUGAAAUUCUACAAUGUGGACUCUUUCACCAUCGACUGGAUGUCAAUGAUCUAUAUGUUGACAUAUAUUCCCUUUAUAUGGCCUGUAUCCUGGCUUCUGGACAAAAAGGGACUGCGGCUCAUAGCACUGAUGGCCACCGCCAUUAACUGCCUUGGGACAUGGAUCAAGGUGGCCAGCGUCAAGCAAAACCUAUUUUGGGUGACGAUGCUCGGACAAUUUGCAGGCUCCCUAUCCCAGGUAUUCAUCCUUGGGAUGCCUUCCCGCCUAGCAUCGGUUUGGUUUGGCUCUGAAGAGGUGUCCACCGCCUGUUCCAUCGGCGUAUUUGGGAAUCAGUUGGGCAUUGCCAUUGGCUUCCUGGUGCCGCCCAUCCUCGUGCCAAAUGUUGACGAUAUGGAUGAGCUGGCAUACCACAUCAGCAUCAUGUUCUACAUAACUGCUGGAAUGGCCACCGUGAUCUUUAUCCUCGUGGUCUUUGUGUUCCAAGAGAAGCCGGAAAUCCCUCCCACCCUGGCUCAGGCCCAGGCCAGGAACAUCCCGCCAGAGGAGUACUCCUACAUGGCCUCUAUCCUGAGACUGCUGCGUAACCUACCCUUCAUGCUCCUCGUCAUCAGCUAUGGGCUGAAUGUCGGUUGUUUCUACGCUGUUUCCACACUGCUGAACCGGAUGAUUAUUGAGCAUUAUCCAGGUGAAGAGGUGAAUGCUGGGAGAAUUGGCCUCACCAUUGUUAUUGCUGGGAUGGUGGGGUCCAUCAUAUGUGGGAUCUGGUUGGACAAGACCAAAACCUACAAGCAGACUACUCUGGCUGUGUAUCUCCUGUCCUUUGUGGGAAUGGUGGUCUAUGCCUUCACCCUGAACUUAGGCCACCUAUGGGUGGUGUUUGUGACAUCAGCGGCCCUAGGGUUCUUCAUGACUGGAUACCUGCCGCUUGGCUUUGAGUUUGCUGUGGAGCUGACCUUCCCAGAGUGUGAGGGCACCUCCUCAGGACUCCUCAACUGUUCAGCUCAGAUAUUUGGGAUCAUAUUCACCAUCAGUCAAGGGAAGAUCAUAGACCACUUUGGCACAUUCGCUGGGAACAUCUUUUUAUGUGUCUUCCUCCUCAUAGGGACCAUUAUGACAGCAUUCAUCAAGUCUGACCUCCGACGGCAAAAGGCCAACCAUCUGGCUGAGACUCAGGCGGCGAGUAAACAGGCAGGUCAUCCACAGGAAGGCCUCUCACCGCCAGCUACACUGAAGGAGGUCAAGGUAUAAGGAGGAAAUCCAGUUGGACGAGUGUGAAAAGAAAGAAAUCCCAUCACACACUGACACAGACACAUGGUCAAAAACAACCAAAAGAUUUACACACACAUACAUUUACAAACAGGAACACAUGCAUACACUAAAAAGUAAGCUGUUUUCCAUUUACAACUGUGAAGGUGAGCACAUGACAAGUGAUUAAUUUGGAUGAACAUGUAAUUAAUGUACAUAAUUGAAACUAUGACAUGGUGGCCUUGGAGGAGGAGGCCUCUCUGAGGAAGUCAUAGCCCAGGAAUGUGUAGAGUCCGAGGUAUGGACACCCUGCUCUGGCUUUAGUUCCAGUGACCGCUAUUACUACUGCCCAACAUAACAGUCUCCCCAGAUCAACUCAAACCAUGUAGAGAGGAACACACACAGUAUAUUACUCAUCAGAAGAUAACUGGUUUGAUUAUCAAGCACAACCAAGGGUAUUUCAAGUUUUUUGUGCUGAUAAUUCAUAUUUAACUGUCACUUUUUCAGAGUACACUAUGAAUGGUUAAUAUUUUCAUUUUGUUUCUCUAGCUUUAAAUACCUCCAAUCUAAAUAUUAUAAAUGUUGUCUGUGCAUUCUGAUAUGAGCAAUAUUCAAACUGUGCUUUUUAUUUCCUGACAUUUGACCAAUACCAUUAUGGAACAGAAAGUAUUAAUGUAACUGUUCUAUUUUUGGAAUUUGUUAACGUUAGUUAAAAUUAGACUACAGAUUCAGUGGUUUCAGUUGAAUGGCAGUCUGUUCAGAGGGCCGAUCCAGUCAAGCCAACUCACCUAGUGGCUUAACAGGAUUUUGAGAUUGCCAUCUGCCAUAUAGGAUUACAAGGAAUAUGGUUGAUACUGUACAUCUGAGUAUGUCUUGGAAGGUCUGAACCUCUUUAACCACAUUCUUAGAACAGAAGUCAGAAACUUUGGGACUAUUGUACUUAAUAUUUCUCUGCAUUGAUUUGUUUAAGAGCCUUUAAAGGAACACUAUGAUAACAGAAUGUGAGCACAAAAUAUUUAGCGUGGAGAGAGACAAUCUAAUGGACUUUUUGGAAAUAGGCUAGUGUUGUAUUUUCUAAUGUAUAUGAUUCUCUUGACCUGUAUUUAUGUUACUGAGAAACCUCUUUCAUCUGCUUAUUUGACUUGAUGUGUUGCGGUUAGAAGUUGUCCAGUGAUGUUUAUUUUUUAAUGAUUCUGUAAUCUUAUAAGUCUAUCACUCCAAUGAUACAGUAUAUGUUUUGUAGGAUCAUUGUAUCUACAUCAAAUGGUGAUGCAAUUUUUAAAUGCUUGUCAUACUCAGUAAUGAAGAACAUAAUUAUAGUUUUGUAAAACUGUUUGUAGACGUUGCUUGGACAAAUUCUCUCAGAUACUGUGAACAAUUGUACCUGGUAAUCUGGUGAACUAAAAUUUUUAAAAUAAAAUGAGAAAAAUGCUC